UCGUUUUUGCCGCGUUUAGUUGAAUUUCCCCGUUCGCGUCGUAUGCUUUGUCGUCGCUUGUAUGGUUUUUUCGUUGGCAUGAUUUGUGCGUAUUUCGCAAAUACCGAUAAAACUGUUCAAAGCUAUUGAUACUUCAUUAAUUUUGUUAUUUGUUUGAUGAAACCUCGUAAACUUAAAUGUCUGUGCGUUCGUGAAGCUAAUCAGAAAUACUGAUAUAUUCAUGGUCUAUGUAUCAUAUGUUCAUAUACAGCCGACUGCAAAUAGAUUGAUUUGAAGAUCCAAUGCUGGAUGUCUCUAUCAUGCACUGGUAGGCUGUAGGUGAUCUAGUCAAUACUCGAUAAUGUCAAUAAAUGCGUUCAUCAAAUUAAACCAAAUAUAUAAUAUUGAAAUAUUUGGAACUUCAAAUUGAAUAACUAGUUUUCACAGACAUAUUUUUCAAUUCAAUAAAUAAGAUAAAUAUGACUGACUUCCAACGAACUCGUAGCAAGGUAUGGUUCCCCAACUUAGACGAUGACGAUGAAGAUAUCCAUCACUCGUGGCGCCGACAACCAUCCUCAUCGCCGGAGAGCAGACGAGUGUCAUCUGGUAGUCCGAGCAAUGGUAGUCACAAAUCGCAGGAUUCUGGUUUUUCGGACUCAGAAAGUAGUCCUUUAGGAUUGUCUAAAGCUUUGCCUAAAGAAGACAAGAAACAGAACAAUACGAAUGCGUUUACUGAAAAAUUGCCAGACGGAGUGCUAUCCGAAGUCCCGGUUCCUAGGCUCCCUUCGCCUUGCGAAUCCCAACCACAAUCACCUGAUCAUUGUAAUUGUUUUCUACCAGCGUGUGAAUUAUCUAGAAAGUUCCGAUCAUUUGACUAUGUCACCGCCGAUGAAACGUCAUCAUUCAGACCAACGACAAAAAGAUACGAAGAAGAACCUCGCACACCCAACCGAACAUGUUUUAUCGUUGAUGAAUUACCAAAAACCAGCGUAGUAUUACUGUCGACGCCAAGCUCGGUGAAAAGUUUUGACGGUCAUUUCGAUCAAUCAGAAAACGUUACCGUUGUAGAAAACAUUAAACAGGACUGUAUCAAAAAUAAUGAAUUGAUUAUCGAACCACCUACACCGUUUAUUGACCGUCUUAACGAUGCGGAGACAGUGAGUCUAUGUGAAUCCGAUAGACCGGGUACACCUGAGCAUACGUCUACACCGAAAUCGACUAAAACCAGAUGUUGUACACCUAGAUUGCAUUAUAGAAAAGAUCUGCAACUAAGAAAACCAAAACAUUUAAAAGAUAACUUCAGCAGCCGUGAAAACGAAGUACCCGUUGGCCAGUGGUUAAACGAAUUGAGGUUUAGAUGUGAACCUGAAUGUAUGACCACUCUACAAUCGAAAUCAAUAGCAACUUCAGAAGAUGCAUGUCGUUUUUCUACAAUUGUUUGUACCGAUUCUGAAGUUGUGCGGGACCUUUAUCAACGUACAAAAGUCAUAUCUGAUGAAUUUAUAAAAGUGUACAAUGUUUUGAACAAAUGUCAUAUUGAUAAUUUUGGAUCAUCCGUCCAAACACUUACUAGUUUGUUGUUGGACUUUGUUUGUGAUCACGAGAGUGAACUAUCUGAACAUGGCCAAGAGUUAUGUAUGGACUUGGUGGAUGUUUCCGAAAAACUAAGAAUUCAUGCAAACCGGCGUCUUGGCAAUAGAAAAAUUAUUCUUAACGACAUGUCCGCACUAGGACAAAUAUUUAGCGAAUUAAUCGAUGCUUUAUUAAUGAAAAAAAUACAAUCAUUGGUGAACAUAUUGGAAGAACCAAGCACUGAUAUUGAGCUCGUGAAGACCAUGUCCAGCAUAAACAGCCUGGGAUUGGAAAGUGUUCAUCUCGGUAGUUUGGUAACGAAGUGCAAUGGUGUCCGAUCGUUGUUGACUGUUUGCAUAGAAGCCGUGUCUAGUACAGUCAGAUCAGCUGCUCUGCGCACACUGGCAAUGGUGUGUUGCUCUUCAGACAGCAUCAGACAAUUCGAAAAGGCCGGAGGCGUAGAGAUAUUAUCCGACAUAUUGGGCAGUAAAAACCGCUCGGAAAAAGAAUUGACCGACACCGUGUCCGUGUUAGCUCAAAUUACUGCUCCUUGGAUUGAAGACAACCACGUCGUCAACGGACUCAACGAAUACCUGAACACUAUUAUAUCCUCGUUGACGUACCUUGUGGAGACUACGCAGUCAUCGGAAACGUUGUUGCUAUCGUCCGCUGCGCUGGCCAACAUCACGUUCAUGGAACCUAACGCAAUAUGGACCAUAUUGAACAUGGGCACCGCUGGAUCACUGAUAGAAGCGGUCAGGAAAAACGGCACAAAAUCGUCGGUGUUUUUACAAGAACAAACAGCCACACUUUUGGCUAACAUGGCAGCAGUUCCUGAAGCUAGACCACACAUGGCGGCAAACCAUGCGGUGAUCGCUUUGUUGUGUUUCUUGCAAGUUCGGCACUCGCCAUUACAGCGUGUUCCUGAAAUACUGGCCGCCGAACGGCUACAGCACAAGACUGCCAUCGCCUUAUCCAGACUGUGCAGCGAUGCAGAAGUGUCGAAACAAUUCGUGGAACUCGAAGGCGUUAAUCGUUUGAUACGGUUGUGCAAAGAUGAAAGAGAACGAAAUAACAGUGACGGUGUUCUUGUGGCAUGCUUAGCCUCGCUGCGGAAAAUCGCCGCAAAUUGUGGCAAAGAAAUAAUGAACCAAUAUGACGCCGCUGAACUGAUUGAACCGAGACUGUUGGACUCAUUCCUUUUGUAUUCAUCAAAACAAGAGAGUUACGUUUAGAGUUUUUGAUUCUUGUAAAAAAAUCAAAUUUUUUCGUAUCAUACUAUUAUACUAAGCAUAAAAUUUAUACCUACUUAAUUAAUUUAUGCCUAUAAUACGGUAUAUAUAUAAUAAUAACGUGUUACUUUGCAUCUACACCUUUAUAGGUACAUUAAUCCGCUUUAGGGUAGAUACUCUCCACCGUGUGUGAAGAAAAAUUUGUUCAACAUAAUUUUAGUAAUAGAAUACAAACCAUUUGAGUAUAGUAGAUAUUAGAUUAUGAUACAGCAGGUACCUAUAGUACUCUAUCUAGUCCAAAUCAUGACAAGUGCCAACAUAGAUGAUAAUAAAUAAUAUUUAGAAGGUACUACAGCAUAUAAUUUGUUUUCAAUUAUGUCUAAAUAGCCCUUUAACUAGUACACUAUAAUAUUAUGUAUUUUUUUUAUUACGGUACCUACCUAUCUUUACGUUUUUAUAUAAUGUGAACUUGUGAACUUGAUUUUAAGUUUAUUACAUUGUAUUUGGACAACAAAUACGGCAUAAUCAUCAUUUUU